AUGUCGAUCAAAGUCACCACUAACAUAACGACCACCUUCAGCGACAUACCGUGCACCGUUGAAGUGUCUCUUGGCCCCAUGCAAGCCGCUCUCCAGCAAAAGAUGGACGAGGCCGUGCAGAGGGCGGUCGCAGAGCCAAAAAAGUCAAAGAUCGUCUUCCCCGACUGCGAUGGCAUCGACCUUGUGCUCUGUGACACCUGGCACGGCGAAAAAGUCAAGGUCUUCGCUCCGUGUGCCUGUGAGCUCAGAGAGGUGGUGAUGCAGUAUAGUAACGUCAUCCUGGCAAAGGACGUCUCGCGCACCCAGCUCCUGCCUGACCGCUUCGUCGCAAGAAGGAAAGGGCUGGACGUUGAUAUAUACAAAACGAUCACGCAACUGGGGUUUAGGAACGGUGAUGUGCUGAAGGUCUACGACGCUACGAAGUCUGAGUAG